GUAAAUAAUAGCUGGUGGAAAGCACAAAUAACUCCCAUUCGCCAUCAGUCAGCCCGACACCUACGACAUGAACUCGGCUACAAUAAUAAUUGCAAUUAUCCUGCUCCUGCCAGCCAGCCAGCAAGCGAGCGCGGAGGCUUUGGAGCGCAAGGUGCUGGCGUACAAUCCCACCUACGAGUUUUGGUUUUUCAUGCCAACUGGCAGGCCCGACCACGUUUCUGACAACGUCGAGGAGGCCUAUUGGGGUUCUCGAAAAACAGGAGGUGUUUGCUACACAAACGUUUGGUUCUACUGCCAAACUGGCGUCAAAAUAGAGGAGUAAUCUGCUUAAGGGGAAGCCAUGUCAAUUCUUACAUAAAAAACACAAAAAAUGUAUUAACUGCGUAAAGUAUACUAGUCUUAAAAUAGCAAUUUCUUUAUCAGGCAUGUAAAAUCUCAAGCUGUAAAAAUUUCACUUCUGUUAUCUUGAUUACCUUGAGAGGUAAACUUAAUGCGUCAAAAAUUAACACCUUAGUUUGGUUUGUGUUGAGUCAAUUAAUUUUUAUUACAAUCAAUAAAAUAAAAAAACUAUUUACUUUCUAACAGAAUUUAAAGAAACGGUUGCAGAGCUUGUAAAAGUUAUUCUUUUAAAAUAAACCAAUA